AUGUCGAGUAUCCAAGACAGAGGUGGCAAGACAAUGGGCCCAGUUGAUAAUCCUACUGGGUCCGCAGGGAUCAUACAGCCUACUAUGUCUGUGCCGGAUGAGAUGCCAGUCACCCGUUCGGAAGUCGGACUAAUGCCAAGCGGGCCGGUACAGAAAUAUUUCGCAACGAAGCACUAUGAAGGGUUAUCAACUCAUGGUUCCUAUGUCGCUGGGCGGACUGAAGGAGCGAAGUGGAGUGUUUAUUGCAUCGCAGCGUGGGUAGGAUGGAUGAGAAUCCUUUCCAAGUAUCCCAUCGUCAAGGAAUUAAUUUGUUAA